UGUGAGCUAUUUGGCAGACCAAUUCUCAACCAGGAAGGUUCCUAUGCUGUUUGGUCUAGUGUUUUUUACCCUUCGCUACUUUAUUGUUGACACUCAGCAAUACUAUGCAUAUACUUGUACUUGCUCGGAUUAUGCAGGGAAUAUCUGCUUCAAUUGUCUGGUGCGUUGGAUUGGCUCUUGUUCUUGAUGCAGUCGGUCCUAGAAAUGUUGGUUUCACUGUUGGUGGAAUUUUUGGAUUUACUUCAGUCGGUGAAGUAAUCUCUCCUGUGCUAGGUGGUUUAAUAUACGAUUCUUUCGGAUACUAUUGGGCUUUUAGUACUUGUUUUGUAUUGCUCAUUAUUGAUAUAAUCCUUCGUUGUCUUGUACUUGAGCCCAGGGAAGCAAAGAAAAAGCUCUCUCAGGAGGAAGAGGAACACGUGCCCAUUCUACAGCGGCAAAAUGAUUUUGAUCUGGAAACGACCGGAAAGCUCUCUGCCUGGAAUUCCGUUUUCCUGCCGAUUUAUCGUUUGACAUUUCAUCGUAAAGUGUGUGGUCCCUAUUGGACAUCGUUUGUAAAUUCUGUACUUUUGGCUUCCUUUGAUGCUACUGUUCCUUUGGAAUUAAAGCGUUUGUUUAAUUUUACUUCGGCACAAUGUGGCCUAACGUUCGGUGUCUUAAGUGCUCCCUAUUUCUUCUGUGGUCCAUUAGCCGGUAAAAUGGUUGAUCGCCGUGGUUCGAAGACAAUUGGAUUCUAUGCCUACCUCGCACUUAGUUUUACUUUGUUUCUACUCUUAAUACCUUCUUCCCGUACCACUGCUAAUGUUGUGAUAUUUAUCGCGGCUAUGGCUUUAAACGGAUACAUAUUGGCUUUUACAUCAUCUCCGGGGUUCGUUCAAUUGACCGCUUAUGUGACUGAGUAUGAGAAGACGCAUCCUACUUUCUUUGGACCAAGUGGUCCUUACACUCAAAUCUUUAGCGUUAUGAACGUUGUAUAUUCAUUCGGUAUGAUUCUGGGUCCUAUUAUUGCGGGUUAUUUGCGUAUCCAUUUUGGAUUCCCUGCUACUGUCAUAUUCUUGUCAUUGAUGAUGCUCUCAGCUAGUUUGGUCUCUUACUACUGUUUUACCGAUAAUGACUCAGAAGAAGAAGAGUAAAGUUUGCAUAUCAUUUUCAGAAACCCAUAUCUGAAUCGAAUAGAAGAGUAUUACCCCAACUCGACUGAAAGUUUGCUUGAACAUUAUAACACAAUGGAGAAGCUCAUGGUUUUCUAAUCCGUGACUUUGAACAUUGGCUUAGAGCUACAGUAAAUUUAAUUUCCUAGAUAACUUAUAUAGCCUUAAUUUGAUUUUAAUUCUUUAAUAUAAUACGGGGUAGCAUUGAUUCAUUUUCACGCUAUCACGUAUGUAAGAAGUAUCGACAGUGA